AAAGUUUUUUGCGAGAGGUUCAUUAAAUUUUUCUGGAGCACCAAAAAGCCAUUUAGCUGGCAAUUUAAUUGCCAAAUUUGCGUUAAGAAGGUCCAUAAAGACGCCAGUGUACGAUGGCUGAUCCGGGAGGAACUGACGUCGCAAUUGAGGCGCAAUCAUCCACAGCCGUAACUUCAGACAAAGAAACUGACAAAAAAUUCCCUUCGGAGAAACAGAAGAAAAAUCACAACAACAAGAAGCAGCAACACAACAAAAAAUGGAAAGGCGGCAAAUUCAAGCGUUACAACAAGCAACGCCAACAAAACAACAAAGUCGAGGCGAAUCAAUCGACAGAAGCGCCCGCUUCAACCAAUACUCAGAGCCGCAAACACGGGCAUUGUCACGCAAAACCGCCGUACAACAAACGCAUUCAACUCGCAUUCUCAACGGUGUCGAAAUUUUUCUUGCCCGAAAAGUUGCCACGCAAAGCACGUGUCAUUCCGCCAACGAAAUUCCUGUUGGGCGGCAACAUUUCCGAUCCGCUAAACUUGAACAGCCUGCAAAACGAGUCGGAAAAUGCUGUAACUCCAAAAUCAUCGCCAAUUCCGACGCCUCCGCAUGGCAGACAACCCGUCGAAGUGCUAAUUCCGCCAAAUAUUCGAGAUCCGCUGCAUUUAUUGGAUCCCGUUGACUCUGUGGAAUACGAAAUGCAACUUUGUUCGCCCAUGAAACGCAAAACGAACAAGAAUCGACAUCGCAAGCGACGCAAAUCGUGCAAAGAAAACAACAAUGGGGAAGUUGAACAGCUGGCAAACACUUCGACUCAAUCAGAUCCGGGCAGUAAAGCGGGAAAUUUGUUGGAAAAAUCCACGGCAGACUCGUCAACUGCUUCAAUUACGAUGAAUACGAGCUCCAUUGAAGGCGAUGUCCCGAGUACGAGUAAUUUGAGUGCCGAACCAGAGUCUCGUUCGAGUGCGACGAAGAAUUUACGCCUCGAAUUGGGCAUUGAACCGCCUCCUGUGGGCUCGGGAGGCAGAAAACGUCGUUGUAGCGAAUCGUCGACGGGCAAAAGUAAGUCGCGACGUGUCGAUAUGGAUAAAAUUGUGAGUCCCGUCAUACCGCAACAUCACAAUACAUGGAAGAGACCUCACAAAAGCACCUCAAAACCGCAGAGGAAUCGCACACGGAGCUAUUCUCGUUCAACAACGGAAGAAACGACGGCAAAAGCUUUGACCGAACAGAUGAAAAUCGACGAAAAUGCGCAAGGAAUGUCUCCGGCUGAGGCAAUUCAAGCCGAAAGUCAUCCCCAAACGGAGGAACAGUCGGAAAGUCAAACAACGCGUCCCGAAACGAAAUCCAAAAGCGCCAAAUAUCAAUACGGGAACUACGAUCGGUAUUACGGAUAUCGCCAUUUGAACGAAUUUAUGGAUGUUCGCCUCAAAGUCUUUCUCAAAAAUCCGCAACUUUUCAAGGAAAAAGAUGUUUUGGAUAUUGGAUGCAACGUCGGCUUAUUAACGAUCGAAGCUGGGAAGGAACUUCAUCCGAAAUCCAUCAUCGGACUCGAUAUCGACAAAAAUCUCAUCAGUCGCGCUCGUAAAAAUCUCUCGAUGUAUGUGAGAGUUCCCGGAAGUGAUGCCAAAAAAGCGGAAAAUCCGCAAGAAGAAACCGCAAAAGAAGAAAAUUCAAGCAAAAAACCACAAAAAGGCGGAAAAAAUUCAAAUCGGAGAUACAAUCGACGCAAUUCUCGUUACGACAAAUCCAAACAUCGACAAGAUUUAGCGGGAAACAGUGAAGCAAAAGCUCAAUUUUUCCCCAUGUCGUUCCCCUUGUGCUUGGGUCGCAUUCCCAAAAGUGUCGCCGAAGUCGAAACCAUGCCCGAUGACGCCGCAUCUCCCGCAUUUCCCGACAACGUGUUCUUCCGAACCGCCAAUUACGUACCCAAAGAUGAGAAUCAACUGAGUGCCGAGACGCAACAAUACGACUUGAUCCUCUGUCUCUCCGUCACGAAAUGGAUUCACUUGAAUUUCGGCGAUGCGGGACUCAAGUUGGCAUUCAAACGGAUGUUCAAUCAGCUGAGGCCCGGCGGAAAACUCAUUCUCGAGGCGCAAAAUUGGGCGAGUUACAAAAAGAAAAAGAACGUGUCGGAAACCGUCAAGGAGAAUUACGCAGCGAUUCGAUUUUUCCCAAAGAAAUUCAAUGAGUACUUGUUGAGUAGUGAGGUAGGAUUUAGUCAUAGUUAUCCGUUGGGCAUCCCGCGACACUUGAACAAGGGCUUCAGCAGGCCGAUUCAGUUGUUUGUGAAGGGAGAAUUUACGCCGAGUCAUGCACAAUGGAGCGAUUAUCACUUUUCGCAGACUCCGUAUCAGACGCCCAAAAGUGAUCCGGCAAAGAAUAAAUAUUACACGAAUUUGCUGUAUGGCAAUUCGACGCCGUAUGCCAGUCAUGGAAGUUAUAGUUAUCGCAUGACAGAUCCCAGCCCGUAUUACAACCCUCUCGCCACCGACAGUUAUCUGCCCUCGUACGAUAACGAAACAACAAGUCGAGCCUACUGCUUCGCAUCUCCGCUCUACUCAACUACAUGGUCUCCCCCUCCGAAUUCCCGUUCAAAUUCGCUGCAAAACACGCCAGCGCACGGAAGCAUUCGCAAUGCUGAAAUUGACGAUGGUUACAACAAUUCUCGUCCGCACGUUUAUCCGCCGAGCACGACAGACGACUUCGAAGCUGGCAAAUUGAGUUCUCGCAGCGUCGACAACAGCGACGAAGUUUCGCCGCAACACGUUUACUCAGACCCGACACUUUCCGACGAGAAAGAAGACAGCAGAUCUCCCAAACCGACAAACGGCAUCGAUUACCCGACAAUGGAGCCCGUUGCUGCUUUGGAGCCGAUCGGAAUUGUCGCACUGCCCGAACAAAAUGGCAUCGACACGAAUCAUCAUCCGCCGCAGAAUCACUACGAAGACCAAAAUCACGUAGACGAUGCAUUUUCAUAAAUUUCUUGAGAAUUUUAAUUUUUUUUUUCGUUAAAUUUAGACUUUUAGACGUAUAUGUGUUAACAAGAAAAGUACGCUUUGCUGGCAAAUUUUAGUGUUAAAUGCACAAUAAUUUAAAUAAAAACUCUUAAUUUUAGUAGAAAAAUGAUAAACUCCCGAGAAACGGAGACAUAUCAUGACUCUUUCAUAAAAAUACAAAAAUCACGAAAUUUGCCA